ACCAACCAUAUACUAAUUCUCCAAGAAUAAGAGAAUCCAAAAGUCUCUCAAAAAAUAACCAUGAUGAUGCAUGUCCUUUGCUUCUCAGUGUUCCUAGCAGCAGCAAUGCAAGGAACACUGGCGGUUGAAUACAGUGUCACCAACAACGCCCUCUCAACCCCUGGUGGUGUUCGUUUCCGUGAUGCAAUAGGGGACGAAUACGCCAAACAAACACUUGACUCAGCCACCCAAUUCAUAUGGGGGGUCUUCCAGCAAAACGCUCCUGCUGAUAGAAAAGAUAUACAAAAAAUAAACUUAUUUGUGGAGGACAGGGUUGUGCCAAAUGGUGUUGUUGCAUAUACAAGCAAGGAUGAGAUUCAUGUUAUUGCAAAAUAUGUUAAUGACUAUGGUGGGGAUGUGAAGACAGAGAUCACAGGGGUGCUGUAUCAUGAAAUGGUCCACGUUUGGCAGUGGAAUGGGAAUGGUCAGGCUCCAAGUGGAUUAAUUGAAGGUAUUGCAGACUAUGUUAGGCUGAAGGCAAACUAUGCACCUAGCCACUGGAAGAAAGCAGGGGAGGGACAGAAAUGGGACCAGGGUUAUGAUGUUACUGCUCGUUUUCUGGACUAUUGUAAUACUCUCAAAAGUGGGUUUGUGGCACAAUUGAACAAGCAGAUGAGGACUGGUUAUAGUGAUCAAUUCUUUGUUCAGUUACUGGGCAAGACAGUUGAUCAGCUUUGGCAAGACUACAAGGCUAAGUAUGGCAAUAUACCCUAGGUAAAUGGCUAAGAGCUUGCUAAUUUAAAAAUAAGCGACUAGUAUGUCGCAAUCUCUAUUGUAGGCUUGUAUCAACUCUAAAUAUUUAAAGUUGCAACUUAUAGUAAGUUAUAGUGGAAUGGAUGUUCUGAUUCUGAUUUGUAAGUCAUGUGUACGCCAAAAAUUUACAAGUUCAAGAAAAAACUAUUUCUAUAUUUUUAUUGGU